AUGCACAUAAACAUCCAUCUCAACAAUGAAACCCCCUCCGAAACAACCCUCCCCGUCUCAUCAACAAUAUGCCCCGAAUCCACACCCCGAACCACCGAAACACCCAAAGAAUACCUCUACUUCGCCUACGGCUCCAACCUUUCCCCAUCACAAAUGAAACAACGCUGCAUAAUCAAUCCAAACCUCUCCGGAAAACCCGUCGCAAUCGCCAUCCUCCCUAAAUGGCGCUGGCUAAUCUGCGAAGCGGGGUAUGCGAACGUCCUCCCACCAGCUGGUCUACGAGUUGGAGCUCAAAAAAGCGAUGUUGCAUCUAAAAUACCUAUUUCUGGAUCUGAAGAUGCGGUCUACGGCGUACUUUAUAAGAUGGAUUUACAGGAUGAGGCUAUACUUGAUGGGUAUGAGGGUGUUGAUUGUGAUGCGGAGGAUGCGAAUGGAAGUGCGGGGGUGGGGGUUGAUAUAAGGCCGAAGGAGCAGGGAGAGGGAGAUUAUAAUAAGUGGUAUCUUCCUGCGAAGAUUGUUAAGUGGAUUCAUUCUGAGAGUGAGGGUGAGAAUGAGGGUGAGGGUCAGAGUGGGGGAAGUGGAGAGGAGGUGGAUGUGCUUGUUUAUGUUGAUGAGGAGCGGGUGAGACUUGCGCCGCCGAAGACGGAGUAUAUCGGGAGGAUGAAUCGGGCUAUUCGUGAAUCGGUGGCGUUGGGGGUUAAUGAGAGGUGGGUUGAGGAGGUUAUGAGGCGGUUUAUUCCGGCGCCUAAGGUCACAGUGUAG